AUGAUCGCCGCAGCGCCCCGACUGAGCCGGUUGCGGACGAGGCCGAGCAGUGCCUACCGCAGGAGGAAUCCAUCACCGGGAUGGUCAUGGUCCUCCACCUUUUUCCUGUUCUUCCUUGUUUUCUUUGUGCCGAAGAAACCGGCGACAGCCCCUUUCCUGCCUCGGACUAUUUCGCCCUCAUGCAAUGGACGCAGAUUCAACGAGGCCAGCUUCGGCGGACGACAUCAGGUCCUGCGCAGAGCAGGAUGUAGCUCGGGAGCGACACUCCUCUGCAACGUCCUCCAGGGAAGCACUAGCAAGCAAUAUCCCAACUUGUGCAACAUGUUUACUCGUGUGGUCAUGAAGGGCAAAUCCCUCAUUGCUCUCACACAGCUUGCUCGCCUGAGGCUGGCAGAUGCCUGCAGAGAAGCGCUUGGCAUUCCGAUAGCUUUGAAAUCUGUCGGUUCACACAAAGACGGGACCUUCUCGCGGAGUGGUAGUGACUAUGACUUGUGGAUUCUGCCUGUGCCGCAGGAAAGACUGGGAAUUUCCUUCAAUCAGAUGCAUGUGGAAGCACUGAGGCACAGCGUUGACUGUCUGUGCUUUGUCAGAGAUGUUCGCUCCAAGGACAUGAAGAUCCAGUUUCAAGUCGUUGAAAGCAAAUUUAACAAAUCCUUGCCGGUGGAACUCUCCUUCUGUCCAGAUGACGCUGAAAGCUUUCCGCACCUUCGGAAGGGCACAUCUUUCGCCGAGAACGACGCGAGAAUCGACGCGUUUCUCAUCGACCAUCCGGCAGCCAGGCUGGCACUGAGCGGCCUGAAGCAGCUCUCAUCAACUCGGCCCAAAGGGUUUCUGCUGAAAGCCAUGGCUUGGAGACUUGCCUGCGAGCCUGGCCGCUGUCGGCUUAGAGACCGAGAAGAACACCAAGCCGAAGCAGCAGACACCCAUGUGGAGGCCUUCGAUUUUUUCCUCCGCAUGCUGGCGGAGCUGAGACACUGGAACACUUCAUUGCUGUGCAGUGCAGACUUGUGGCGAGAUCUGCGAGAGCACCCGAAACGAGACGAGCACAUCAGCCGAUUCGAACACUGCGCGGCGGAGAUUCUGGCUGGUCAAUGGAGGCAGCGUCUGGAGCAUCUGGAGAACGACGGCAUCGAUAGCAGCUAUAUCAACAACACGAGGGGUGAGCAGGGCAAGCACCCGUCCCGGCACUGCUUUUACCGACCACCACGCAAACUUGCAAAGAGACCCUACAAGUGCUUGUACUGCAAUGAUUAUAACAAGGGAGUGGGUCUUGGACCGGGAGAUCGUUGCAGGUGCUGCGGGAAGGUGCAAGUCGAGCAUCCGGAAUACGAGACCCGGAAGCUGGAAGUGGACGCUUUUAUCGCGAGGCAGAGCCAGAGCCCGAUCUCUCUGGCAGGGGAUUCUCUUAGUCAUAGUCCUGUUGGCACGUAUUUAAGGUGGCAAAGGUUAGAUGGUCCGCGUGGGCCAGUGCCCAAGCCUUCCGUGCCACCCAAAGAGGUCGCACCACUAGAAGUGCGAGAAUCGCUAAGCCGAAAGCGCACCCAGCUGCAGCGCAAGCUAGGAAAGAUGUUGAGUUUUGUUGUUGAGCCCGUCCCGGGGCAAAAGUUUGUCGCAAGCUUGCUCCACGAUGGGCAGACCUUUACAAGCGGAAAGAAGGCAUUGCCCGAAGAGGCAAGGCUAGAGGUGCUUGAGCAGGCCAUGGCCUAUGUGGAU